GYUCUCACYUUKAUUAAAUUUACCUGAUCCCAGCAAUGUCCCUCCAUCCUCAGGCACUGUAAAUGCCGCAUUCCCAAGGGCAGUAUCUCACUUUCCCCCUUCUCUCCCAGGUGCUGACACUCUCGGUUCUCAUGAACCCCCUGCUCAGGGGAUGUGCUGCRAGUUGGAGCCAUUCCCUUCUUGCUCUUUCUUGCACUAAAAACCGAGAAAUCCCAUGUUCUUACUUUCUUAUUCUUCUUCAGAAAACCAGUCCUGACUGCCGUGCUCGGGGGCUGGGGUCUGUAACCCCAAAGAAUCUCCCUAGGAGCAGGUUCUCACCUUUAWUAAAUUUACCUGAUCUCAGCAAUGUCYCUCCAUCCUCAGGCACUGUAAAUGCCGCAUUCCCAAGGGCAGUAUCUCACUUUCCCUGUUCUCUCCGAGGUGCUGACGCUCUCGGUGCUCAUGUACCCCCUGCUCAGGGGUCUGGCCCUGCACCUGCACUCGGCUCUGACUGGCAGCUACAUCCCAGGGACUCAUUCCAUCGCCUUGGUCAACUGCCUCAACGAGCAGAUCGCCAAGGACAUCGCCAGGGCCAUCAUGGAUAAGAAACUGGCUGCCUACGUGAACAUCCUGCCCAAGAGCUCGGCCCUGUAUUUCUGGAAAGGGGAGCUGGAAGAAUCCACUGAAAUACURCUGCUGGUGAAAACAAGGACGUCCAAAAUAGGGGAAUUGUCCAACUAUGUCAGAUCCAUCCAUCCCUUUGAAAUGCCCGAGAUCAUCAGCCUGCCUAUCGACCAGGGCAACCCUGUGUACCUCAAAUGGAUAGAGCAGAACGUCCCUCGGGACUGACAGCGCCUCGUUUUUGGAAACCGGGUCCCUGCCGAGCCGCGCGGGAGGCAGCUGCGGUUUUCUCGGGUUUGCUGAACGCAGGAGCUCAGAUUGGGAAAUGUCCCCUCCUCGGCCUGUCCGGACAGCGCUGAGCAGCGCUGGGGAAGAGCCGCCCGCACCGGGGGCUGCUGCGGGUGAGGAAUCGCGGAAAUGUUCCCGUCAGGACACUCGGGGGCUGCCUCGGGCUGCCAGCAGCGCAUUCCAGCCGGGACCUCCCCCAGUGCCGUGUGUCCCCAAAGGCAGCCCCGAACCCCGCCUGCCCCCGGCAUCCCGCCCCGCUCCGCCCGCAGGAUGCAGGAUGUGGCCGCGCACCCGCGCCGUGCCGGCUCCUGCCCUCCUGCCGGCAGCCAGCGUGCUGCUGGAGCCCCGCAGAGACGAGGAAGAGGCGAAUUCCAGCAGAUGCCGCAGGGAUUCAGCGACAGCAGCGCGCAGAUUCUGCCUUGCAAUGAGCCGGGAUGAGCUGGGAUGAGCUGAGUGACACCCAAGUGCCAGCAGGACCAGGACACUGCCCUGGCUCCCAUCCUUACCCCACCUGAGCAGUGGCUUUCUGCCUGGGCCAAGUUUAACCCUGUAAAAAGAUCCUUUUGUCACGGGAUAUAAUUUAUGGGACAUUUUCGAGUUAUUUAUGUGACCGGGAAUGGAAUAAACAGGAGUGUUUCUUACCUGGGCAGGCUCUUGGGGCUGCAGCUGGGCAGGAGGAAGGGCCCAUCCCGGYCUUGCAGUGACCCUGUCCAGGUCAUC